GACGGGGACGAGUCCUUCCCCAUUUCUUCUGAGCCGGGACACUAACUCAGCCCCCGCCCUCGAGCCUGUGCGCUUUGCAGCUCAUCCGGAGCAAGCGAAUACUAGACGGAAGGACCCGGCAGAGGAGGAGGAGGCUGAAUGAGCUGCCUGUGUCUGGCCCUGCCUGACCCCAGGCAACUCCCUGGUGAUCAUGUGGCGGCUGCUGCUUACGGCCUCCACUACAGCUGUGAUCCUCCUUUCCUCGCCGCCACCUGUCCUAGGCGUGCUGUCCCCACGCGCCGCCUUCACGGUCUCGGACCUGUCCCUCACACACCUGGCUGUCCACCAUGACACGGGCGAGGUCUACCUUGGGGCCAUCAACCGCAUCCUCAAGCUCUCGGCCAACCUGACCCAGCUGCGGGCUCACACCACGGGCCCGGUGCCCGACGACCCCCGCUGCUACCCUCCGCCCGGCGUGCGACUCUGCGCUCAUCGCCUGGCCCCCGCCGACAACGUCAACAAGCUGCUGCUGAUCGACUACGCUGGCAGCCGCUUGGUGGCCUGUGGCAGCGUCUGGCAAGGGGUGUGUCAGCUCUUGCGAUUGGAUGAUUUGGCCAAGCUGGGGGAACCGCACCAGCGCAAGGAGCAUUAUCUUUCUGGCGGGCGCGAGCCAGACGCCAUGGUUGGUGUGAUUGUGGAGCAGCCAAGGGAGCCCAGCCAGUUUUUUGUGGGCACAUCCAUUGGGGGGCGCUCAGAGUAUUUCCCCACUCUCUCCAGCCGCCGCCUGACCCCCGAUGCCAGCAGUCCUGAGAUGUUCAGUCUCGUCUAUCAGGAUGAGUUUGUCUCCUCCCAGAUCAAAGUACCCUCGGACACUCUCUCGCUCUACCCGGCCUUCGAUAUCUACUACGUUUCUGCAUUUGUCUCCGGUGGCUUUGUGUAUUUCCUCACCCUGCAGCUGGACACGGCUCAGACCCCGCUGGAGCCGGCAGGAGGCCCAGGUGGUCCAGGCGUGACUGGCGGGGAGCGGUUCUUCUCCUCCAAGAUCGUGCGCUUGUGUUCCAAUGACACAGAGUUCUACUCUUACGUGGAGUUCCCGCUGGGUUGCUCCAAGGAUGGCGUGGAGUACCGCCUUGUGCAGGCUGCACAGCUGGCCAAGGCAGGCCGCGAGCUGGCCCGGUCGCUAGGCAUUGCGGAAGGGCAGGAUGUGCUCUACGCCGCCUUUUCCCAAGGCCAGAAGAACCGCGCUGCCCCGCCCCGCGAGAGCCUCCUCUGCCUCUUCACGCUGGAUGAGGUCAACCAGCGCAUCCGGGAGCGCAUCCAGUCUUGCUACCGAGGGGAAGGCCGGCUCUCCCUCCCUUGGCUUCUCAACAAAGAGCUGCCCUGCAUCAACACGCCCAUGCAGAUCAAUGGGAACUUCUGUGGGCUGGUGCUGAACCAGCCCCUAGGGGGGCUGCAGGUCAUUGAAGGGCUCCCACUGCUGGAGGAGAAGACGGAGGGAAUGGCCAGCGUUGCUGCCUACACCUACCGUGGCCACUCGGUUGUCUUCAUUGGAACGCGUGCGGGCAACCUCAAGAAGGUGUGUGUGGACAACCCCAACGAAGCCCAUCUCUACGAGUCUGUGCCUGUGAUGCCUGGGGAGCCGCUGCUGCGCGACAUGGUCCUGAGUCCGGACCAGCGCCACCUCUACUUGCUCAGCCAGAGACAGGUGGUUCGGCUCCCCGUGGAAAACUGUGAACAGUACUCAUCUUGUGCUGAGUGCCUGGGCUCCAGAGACCCACACUGCGGCUGGUGUGUCCUGCACAACAGGUGUUGCAGAGAGAGCGAGUGUCCCCGCGCUGCAGAGCCUCACCGUUUCACAGCAUCUCUGACUCAAUGUGUGCGGCUGCUUGUUGAGCCCAACAACAUCUCGGUGACAGAGCCUAGCAUUGUGCUUCAGCUUACUGUCCACAAUGCCCCAGACCUGACGGCCGGUGUGAUCUGCUCCUUUGAGAGCCUUGGAGAGAGCGAGGGGCAACUGCAGGUGGACGGAGGGAUCCAGUGCCUUUCUCCUACAUUGAGGGAUGAGCCCCCUGGGGAAUACGGUGACGUUCGCACUGUUAGACUCCGGCUUCUCUCCAAGGAGACGGGGGUUGAAUUCGCCAGCACUAAUUUUGUCUUCUACGACUGCAGCCUUCUGCGCACAUGCUUGUCGUGUGUGAGCAGCCACUACCCUUGCCACUGGUGUAAAUACAGACACACUUGCACCCACAAUGUUGCCAAGUGCUUCUUCCUAGAAGGGCGAGUCAACACCACAGAGGGCUGCCCUGAGCUGCUUCCUGGUGGCGAGAUACUGAUCCCAGUGGGGGUGUUGCAACCCAUUACCCUGCGUGCCAAGAACCUUCCUCAGCCUCAGUCAGGACAGAAGAACUACGAGUGCGUCCUGGGCAUCCAAGGCCGGCAGCAGAGAGUCCCAGCCGUGCGCUUCAAUUCAAGCAGUGUGCAGUGCCAAAACACCUCGUACUGGUAUGACAGUGAUGACUUGGGGGAACUGCCGCUGGAUUUUGAUGUCAUUUGGGAUGGAGACUUUGCCAUUGACAAGCCACCAGGGUUCAAAGCUCUGCUGUACAAGUGUUCAGCCCAGCGCUCCAGCUGCGGGCUCUGCCUCAAGUCAGACCCGCGUUAUGAGUGUGGUUGGUGUGUUCCAGAACGCCGUUGUCUCUUGCGCCCUCACUGCCCUGCGUCCCGGCAGAAUUGGGUGCCACCUGGACGGCGGGGGGCCCGCUGCACCCACCCCCGCAUCACCCAGGUGUUGCCAUUGACUGGCCCCAAGGAAGGUGGGACACGAGUGACAGUUUGGGGAGAGAACCUGGGGCUUCAUUUCUUCGAGGUGGGGGUCCGUGUGGCAGGUGUGCGCUGCACUUCUCUCUCUGCUGAAUACAUCAGCGCUGAGAGGCUGGUGUGCGAACUGGAGCCAUCGCUUUUGCCUGACCCUCCCCCUGGGCCUGUGGAGCUGUGUGUAGGCGAUUGCAGUGCCGACUUCCGGACCCAGUCAGAUACUCCCUUCACUUUUGUGACCCCCAGUUUCCAUGGGGUAUACCCAGAACGAGGUCCUGCCUCAGGCGGGACGAAAAUCAGCCUCCUGGGAACGCAUCUGGAUGCUGGGAGCAAUGUCAGUGUUGUGAUCCGGGGAGCCCCAUGUCAGCUGAUAAGGCGUAGCGCAGGGGAGAUUGUCUGCCUGUCUCCCCCCUCCGCCCUAGGCCCAGGCCUCGCUGAGCUCAGCCUUCGCAUUGACCGUGCUAACAUCAGCACCAACGGCACAGUCUCCUUCCGCUACAGCCCUGACCCGGUUGUCACAGGGAUAGAGCCUGCCUGGAGCAUUGCCAAUGGUAGUACCAGUCUUACAGUGAGUGGGACCCACCUGCUGACAAUCCAGGAGCCCCGUGUUCGAGCUGCCUAUGGGGGAAUAGAAACCAUCAAUAGUUGUCAGGUGCUGAAUGACUCGGUGAUGUUGUGCAAAGCCCCUGGCAUCAUACCUGGGGAGCAGGCCCUGCCCCUUGCAGGUGCUCACCCUGACGAGUUUGGCUUCCUCCUGGAUGAUGUGGCAACCGCACGUACCUUGAACCGCUCAGCCUUUACCUACUACCCUGACCCCAGCUUUGAGCUGUUUGGUCCCAGCGGCAUCCUGGAGAUUAAGCCUGGAUCCCAUGUAGUCCUCAAGGGCAGGAACCUGAUCCCAGCAGUAUCAGGCAGCACACGACUCAACUAUACAGUGCUGAUCGGCGGAGAGCCCUGCAUCCUGACUGUCUCAGAGACCCAACUGCUGUGUGACUCACCAAGCCAAACCGGGGAACAGCCAGUCACGAUCCUGGUGGGGGGUCUCUCGUUCUCCCCUGGGACCUUACACAUUUACCCUGAGACAGCCCUGCCUUUGCCGGCUCUUGUUGGGUUAGGUGCAGGAGGAAGCCUGCUUCUGGGCGCCAUCAUUGGGGUGCUGGUGGCCUACAAGCGGAAGACGCGGGAUGCUGACCGUACUCUGAAGCGGUUGCAGCUGCAGAUGGACAACUUGGAGUCUCGCGUGGCCCUGGAGUGCAAGGAAGCUUUUGCUGAGCUGCAGACAGACAUUAACGAGCUGACAAACAACAUGGAUGGUGUGAAGAUCCCUUUCCUGGACUAUCGGACCUAUGCAAGGCGUGUGCUUUUUCCAGGAGUGGAUGAGCACCCAGCACUGCAGGAGACGAGUACGCCACCGAGCACAGAGAAGGGCCUCCGCCUCUUCGGGCAGCUGCUGCACACGCGGCCCUUCCUGUUGACUUUCAUCCACACCCUGGAGGGCCAGCGUGGCUUCUCCAUGCGGGACCGGGGGGCUGUUGCUUCCCUGACUAUGGUGGCCCUGCAGGGCAGGCUUGACUACGCUACUGGCGUGCUGAAGCAGCUGCUGGCAGACCUCAUUGAAAAGAACCUGCAGAACCGUGCGCACCCCAAGCUCUUGCUCCGCCGGACGGAGUCCGUAGCUGAGAAAAUGUUGACAAAUUGGUUUACUUUCCUGCUGCACAGGUUCCUCAAGGAAUGUGCUGGGGAGCCGCUAUUUAUGUUAUUCUGUGCCAUCAAGCAGCAGAUGGAGAAAGGACCCAUAGAUUCCAUCACAGGCGAGGCUCGCUACUCGCUGAGCGAGGACAAGCUCAUUCGCCAGCAAAUAGAUUACAAGACCUUGACUCUGUUAUGUACCCCCCCUGAGCCCCCUGGGGGUCCUGCUGUGCCUGUCAAGGUAUUAAACUGUGACUCAGUGACGCAAGUGAAGGAGAAGCUGCUGGACGCUGUGUACCGUGGGGUGCCCUAUUCCCAACGCCCACGUGCUGAAGACAUGGAGCUGGGUAUGAAGGCAGGAACGUGGGAGAAAGCAGAAUGGUGUCAAGGCAGUGGGGGGCGAACCAUUCUGCAGGAUGAGGAUGCCACAAGCAAGAUUGAAGGAGACUGGAAACGGCUCAAUACACUUGGGCAUUAUCAGGUAGCAGAUGGCUCUGCAGUGGCGCUGGUUCCUAGGCAGGCGUCGGGCUACAAUAUAGCCAGCUCUUUCACUUUCACCCACUCGCUGAGCCGCUAUGAGAGCUUGCUCCGCACCUCUAGCAGUCCAGAGAGCUUGCGCUCACGAGCCCCCAUCCUCACUCCGGACCAAGAUUCGGGUACCCGUCUCUGGCAUUUAGUCAAGAACCACGAGCAUCUUGGAGAUCCUAAGGAAGGGGAACGAGGGAGCAAGAUGGUGUCUGAGAUCUACCUCACGAGGCUCCUUGCCACCAAGGGCACAUUGCAGAAGUUUGUAGACGACCUGUUUGAGACUGUGUUCAGCACAGCACACCGGGCCAGUGCACUCCCCCUGCCCAUCAAAUACAUGUUUGACUUCCUGGACGAGCAGGCAGAGCGAAGGCAGAUUGGGGACGCUGAUGUGCGACAUACCUGGAAAAGCAACUGCCUGCCUUUGAGGUUUUGGGUGAACGUCAUCAAGAACCCACAAUUUGUUUUUGAUAUCCACAAAAGCAGCAUUACAGAUGCUUGCCUCUCUGUGGUGGCCCAGACCUUCAUGGACUCGUGCUCCACCUCUGAGCACCGCCUGGGCAAGGACUCCCCUUCAACAAAGCUGCUCUAUGCCAAGGACAUCCCUGUCUACAAAGGCUGGGUGGAAAGGUACUAUCGGGAUAUCACCAAGAUGGCUUCCAUCAGUGACCAAGACAUGGAUGCCUAUCUAGUGGAGCAAUCGCGGCAGCACGCAGGCGAAUUUAACACCCUGGGUGCACUGGGGGAGCUCUACAGCUACGUGGGGAGGUACCGUGAUGAGAUCCUGACAGCGCUGGAACGUGAUGCCGCCUGCCGAAAACACAAAUUGAGGCUGAAGCUUGAACAAGUCAUCACUCUCGUUUCUGGAAAUAGCUGAGAGUGAUGGGGGGAGGGAGAGUGGGCAAAGGGGGGGGCACGCAUCCAGGAUAGACGUAUCAGAAAAAAAGGACUCUACCUCCAGCCUUGACUUGUGGCCCCCCAAGGGUGACAGACUUGACAUUUUUAACCUCCCUGUUGACAAGAGACAUGUGACCUCUUGCCCUGUAAGGCUGAAAUCUUGGGGGUUUCAGAAAAAGGCUGUGGUGCCCACCCCCUCCCUACCUUCAGCCCGGAAGCAAUAACCAGCACCCUUUCCUCAGCAUCUGAAUUGGGAGGAGCAACUCAGAGUGAAGAAUAAGGUUGGGGUGCAGCCAGAUAAUGCCCCCCUCAAGCUGGCAGCUAAAUGGAGAUCCCUCACCCCAAAUGUUUGUGGACCCUCCCCUUAAUCAUCCAGACCAUUCCCUAGUCCCCCACUCCUUGUUGGUAGCUGGUGGAAUUUGCCCUUGUUCUGUUUUUUGGUAACCAUGGCAAUCAGAUAUUUUUAAUCCUUACCUGACAACCCCCCCCUCUCACCCCCACCCCACCUGUUGUGCCCUCUCCGGGUGCAGUGCCUUACUCAUUAAUUUAUUAUUGCAUCUCGUUAAGAUUAUUGGCUGUAAAUGAUUCCAUUCCCUGGGUGUAGAGAUUUCAGUGUAAAAAGUCCUCCAUUCCCCCACCCACCCACCCAAUCCGCAUCCUUCGAGUCUGUGUAAAUAUUUGCACUGCAGCCUGGAGGGAACCGGUCCUCCACUCCUCCCCAAAAAUAAAAGAAAACUACACUUUUAAAUCCCUCACUGGGGUUAAGGAGUUGGGGUGGGGGAAAUCUCCCUGCAGCUGCAUGGGCUUUUUAUUGGUUCAUUUUAUAAUUAAUUUUUCUUUUGCUAAAUAAAAGCGUGGAAAAAUGUUCCUCUUGUUGUCAUGUGAGGAUCGGCGGCCGUGUGUGUGUGUGUGUGUGUGUGUGUGUGUGUCCCAAGAGAAGAAUCCUGGGUUCAAACACUUGCAUUUCACUUUGAUACAAGGAUAGUUUGGUCUUUGCAGCACCCACAGGACGGUCCUCUGUCCAUCUGUCUACAGGACCAAUCCCUCUGAUCAAUAUUUCUUUCUCUUUUGAAUUGCACCCCAAGCUCAAGCUAAUACUGGCUCUUUUUCACAUGGAAUAAAUUUUGUGUGUGUGUGUUGCUGUUGUAUUUUAGCAGUCAGGUUGUUGGUAUUCCAGCAAAUAUAUCAGCCCACAUAAUAUAUUUUUUAGUUUCUUUCAGAAGCCGCACCUUUUACCCUUGUUUGCUGUUGGAAAACACUGCAGUACAUGCCACAAAUGUAUGUGCACAUCCUUAAAUACCUGUGUGCAUGAUUUUGUUGCACAAUUGGGAUUCUUGGGCAUGUGUACACAGUUCUUGGGAAGGCAAAUGUGAUAUUCACACAUAGUUUGCCGCAAGAAAAGUGCCUUGCCCCUUGACAAAUUAAGACAAACUUAGAAUCAUAGAUAGGGGAAGGCCAUUUUUUUUUCAGAGUCAACCAAAAGUUUAAAAACUCUUUUACUCCUACAUAGAAUCAUAAUCAUAGAAUUGUAGAGUUGGAAGGGAUACCAAGGGUCAUCUAGUCCAACCCCCCUGUCCCUGUUCUCCCUCAAUCCCAGCUGACUGUAAGCAGCAACUAGUGGCCUACCUGAGUCAAAGCUCAGCAUGCACCACACAAGCAGACAGCAGUCCUUGGAACAGGGAGGCUAAUCUCACUUGUUCCUCUCCCCAGUUCUAUGGAACUUGGUGGAACUUCUAUUCCAUUCCCUGCUUCCAUUAAAGGUCAGCCCCAUAAAAUUAGGUCUCCAGUUGUAAAAAUGUUAGGCUGCUGCUUAUCUCUCCAAAUCUGGUGGCCUGGGGUCUUCUAAACCUGCUGAUUCCCCAGCAGUCCUGAAAAUAUCAAGUAUGGAAGCAGCGCAGGACUUUCUAGCAUCGGCAUAUUGCAGUCUUGUUUGCACACAUUGUUGUCCCUGCCUUGUGGUCCCUUUCCACUCUGAGCAGAUGCUCAGAACUCUUCCCAUGCCCAUUCAGUUUCCCACUGAAUUAAACAUUGCGGAAACACUUUAGGGGACACUUCUGGACUAGUUUGUUUUAAACUAAUAACCCUUUGUUUUUCAAUUGUCUGGGCAUAAACAUCUCAUUGAGCCAAUGUGUUGGACAUGCCUCCGUGCCAUUUGAGCAAAUGCUGCUCAGCCUGCUGCUUGUACUGUGGCCGGUCUCCUUCAAUUCAUCUAGGAGGAGGAUUGGGUGCCCAAACCAAAGAGCAUUCUUAUAUCAAGCUGAUGGCUAGAAAGGAGAGAGUGCAGUGUCAACAGAGCAAGGUUUGGCAAAAACAGCUGCUACUAGCUAUAGUUAGCCUUAGUGCAACAGCCCACACUUUAUUUCUUCUUAAAUCAAGGUUGGAGUUUGCACUGUGCACCCCAGCACUGAAGAUCCAAAGAUAUUGGGCAGUUGUAAAGUUGUAGCUUCUGUGAGAAAAAUGCAGAACAAAGCUAUGGGCUUGUUUUUAUAAAUGAAGUGCUGGUCAAAGGGGGUUGCCUUCCCACACAUCCCACACACUUGUGAUCAGACAGGCAGAUGUUCCAUUUUUUACAUGCAGCUCUCUAGAAAUAUUCUGGGUUCUGGGGCAAAACCCAGCCGUUCAGUUGUCUAUUCACCUAAGGGUGCAUUAAAACCACACUCCGCCCCAAGAAAUGGCUGAAGGGGGAAGAGUAACAUCA